UUCUGCAACGGGGUGUGUAAACACUACUACAAGGAAAAAGAGCUGUAGUCAGCCUGCCCGGAUACAACUACCUGUCCACACAGGAACGAUUAUGAACCGCUGUGGUCUGCUAACUCUCCAGAAGGAACCAGUUCCUCUGAAGAGCAUUGAGGUGGAGCUGGAGGUGAGGGACCAUGUGGCUACAGUGGUCUCCACUCUGAACUAUGAGAACAAGGAGGACAAACCAUUAGAGGCUGUUUUUGUCUUCCCUCUGCCUGGAGAUGCUGCUGUCUGUCAUUUCAGUGCUCAGAUUGGACAGAUGCAGAUUGUAGCUGAGGUGAAGGAGAAACAGAAGGCUCGUGAGGAGUAUGAUGAUGCUCUGAGCUCCGGUCAGCAGGCCUUCCUAUUGGAGGAGAGUGAUCAGAGUCCAGAUAUAUUCUCUCUGAGUGUGGGCAGUCUGCCUCCAGGAGAGAGCGCCUCCAUCAGGUUGGAGUACGUCACUGAGCUGGCUGUGCAGGCUGAUGAUGGUCUGAGGUUCUGUCUGCCUGCUGUGCUCAACCCUCGAUACCAACCUCAGGGUAGUGAAGGUGCAGGUGUCCAGGUGACUUCUGUUCCAGCCUCUCUGGUGCCCUACAGUCUGUCUUUUUCUGCCCGAGUGUCCUCUCCUCGUCCAAUCUCUAAAGUAGAGUCCAACUGUUCCCUGGACCCUCUGCAGUACCUCAACACUGAUCAAACCCAGGCCACGGUCAAGCUGGCUGCAGGACACAAGUUUGACAGAGAUGUUGAACUGCUGAUUUAUUACAAAAACGCCCACCAGCCCACUGCUGUGGUGGAGGCAGGACAGGCCUCUGCUGAGCCGGGUUCUCUGAUGGGUGAUCCAAUGGUGAUGGUGAGUCUGUACCCUGAGUUCCCCCAGUCUGUGAUGUCUUCAACGGCUUCAUGUGGAGAGUUUGUGUUCUUAAUGGAUCGAUCUGGAAGUAUGAGUAAUACUCGCAUCCGCAGUGCCAAGGAUACUCUGCUGCUCCUGUUGAAGAGUUUACCAAUUGGCUGCUAUUUCAACAUUUACAGUUUUGGGUCCAGAUAUGAACACAUCUUCCUUAAGAGUGUGGAGUACAGCCAGCAGACCAUGGAGGAGGCUCUGAAGAAAGUUGAGCAGAUGGAGGCUGAUCUUGGAGGAACAGAGAUCCUGGAGCCCAUCAAACAUAUUUACAGCCAGCCCUGCAUUCCCAAUCAGCCCAGACAGCUGUUUGUCUUUACUGAUGGAGAGGUGGGGAACACCAAAGAAGUGAUCGAUCAGGUGAAGAAGAAUUCAGGUUCUCACAGGUGUUUCUCUUUUGGGAUUGGGGAAGGGGCCAGCUCUGCUCUCAUCAAUGGGAUGGCCAAAGAAGGAGGAGGUCACGCUCAGUUCAUCACAGGGACUGACAGGAUGCAACCAAAAGUGAUGCAGUCGCUGCGAUUUGCUCUGCAGCCAGCUGUGGUCGACAUCUCAGUCACAUGGGAUUUACCAAAGGAAGUGUCUGUCACUGUCCUCUCUCCACCAAUCACAACACUUUUCCAGGGUCAGAGGUCACUGAUUUAUGCCCAGCUCAGUGGACAGAGCUCAGAGGCAGCAGAGGGCUGUGUGACGCUGACGUACAGCCUGGCAGGUCAUCCCUCUGAGAACCAGCUGCACUUCAGUCUCAGACCUGCAGAGGACGCUGGACUAACAGUUCACAGGUUGGGUGCUCAGACUCUCAUUCGCUCCCUGGAGAUGGAGGAGAGAGAGCACAGAGGACAGCAAGAUGGAGUGAAGGAGAAGGUGGUGCAGCUCAGUGUCCAAUCAGGAGUGAGCAGUUCUUUCACUGCCUUCAUUGCUGUCAACAAAGACAACAGCGAAAUGAUUCAAGGACCUCUUGUGCGCAGAAAUAUUCCAACACCCCUGUUUGAUUUGGCUCCAAUUGGUUGUGUCAUGAUGGCUGCUUCAUCCACGAUUAUGUGUGACUCCGCAGUGAUGUUUGAGGAAAUUGAAGCAGGAUUCUUCAUGAACGGGAGGAAACAAAAGGUAAUGGAAGAUGGAUUCCCAAUGAUGGAAGAAGAAAACCAGUCAAGAAAAUAUUUUCCAGCUGCUGUGCCUGAGCAGCCACCCAGAGACCCUUUGCUGCAGUUAGUCUCCCUGCAGGAGGCGUCUGGCUGCUGGCUGCUUGAUCCAGCUCUGGCUGCUGCACUGGGACACACCAACGAGGAGGUGGAAAAGUCAAAGCCUGAAAAGACCAGCAGUGAAGUGUGGGCCACCAUUCUGGCUCUGAUCUGGCUUCAUGGUUUCAAGAUGGAUGCAAAGGACGAGUGGGAGCUUCUGGCUAUGAAGGCUGCCUCGUGGCUCUGUGCUCACAAUGCACCGUGUGUGUCAGAGUGUGUGGAUGCUGGAAAUGUCCUGCUGGGUUGCAGCGUGAAGAAAGAAGCUCUGGGACUCUGAGAGUUUUCUUAAAGUAGCUUCAUCUUCAGAGUGAACAGAAGCAGGUCUGCUUACUCCACACUGCCUUUGAUACAGAGCUGUUUUAUAUCAUCAACCCCUUUUACAUGUUUAUUUGUCAUGAAUUAUGUACCUAAUAUUGGUUUUACCAUUGUGGAAAAAAAAGUAUGUCAAAAUUGUCUGAAUACUCCUGACACAGUAGAAGAUUGGACCACUGCUGUGGCAGCUCAUUCACAAAGUGUUUUAAUUCCUUUUCUCUGCCACUAGAUGGCGAUUAUGUUCAUACCUUUACUGAUUUCACACAGAAACACCAAAACCAAUCUAAGAAGUCUUUUCCCUUCCUGUUAUAGUUCUGAAAAUGGCU